AUGUCGCUUGUCCGUGCUUUCACCACCAGACGGGCUGCCCGUAAGAACUCGGACCUGGAUCGCUCUGCCAGUCAGCGCAUCCAGCGUCCCAAGAUCUCCGGUCCCAUCGAGUUGAUCUCGACGACAAACACCCUCGCAUACGAGGCCCCGGACAUCUUUGGAACCACCCCCAUCACCUACAAGGCAGGAGUCCUUGCAACCUCAUCCAGCUCCAACAGUCUGAGCUCGCUCGAGUACAGCGACUCUAGCAGUAUCGGUCACCGCUCUGGAGGCACUUUCACCGACGCUUCUUCCUUUGACGAGUCGCCCAUGUCUCCCGAGCCCAACCACCUCAGCUGCUACUUCAAGCCUUCUGUCUACGACGACGUCCCACAGCACAGCCGCGACACAUCUGUCAGCUCAUUCCUUCGCCCAUCGUCCAGCGACGUUGCCCCUGUCCUUCCUCAACGCGCCCCUUCUCACAGCAAGCACGCUCACCAGUUGAGCCACAAGCGAUCGGUCUCUCGCGAUUUGAGCCACAAGCGCUCCAUCUCGCGCAACGCUCCCUCUUUCCCCGAGGACAUCAUCACCACCAGAGACUCGACCGACUUCUUCCGUGCUUCUGGCCCAGUUUCGCCCCACCCCUUCGGCAAGGAGCUCGAGCAGCUUAGCGAGGUCGCUGAGGAGUUUGGCACCACAGUCCGUGACGUCGAGGCUGACGCGGACCGUGUCUUCAUGGACGCCCACGGUCUGGACCACUACACCGCCAACGACUACAUGCUGGAAAUUGCAGACAUGCUCAAUGUCAUCUUCGAGGAUGAACCGACGCCGUACGAAGAAGCCGGAUUUUUCUGA